UUCCUAGGAUGCGUUUUGUUGCUGUCCUUCUAGCGCGUCUUUCACACGUACUAACCACAAAUCUGCCCCCCCGUAUGCCUCAAAAGAGUAACUGCGUGUUUUCCGGCAAAAUACAUGUCAUCGUUGUUUAUAGUGAAGGUUGUGGAAUAGCUCGUAAUUAACAUCUCAUUUGCAAAUGCGAUGGAAGAGGACAAGGCUGCAGAGGAGCAGGGCAUCCUACGGCUGAACGUGCGAGGAUGUCUGUACACCGCCAGGCGCCAGUCCCUGUGCCGCUUUAAGGACUCCAUGCUAGCUUCUAUGUUUAGUGGACGUUUUCCUCUAAAAAUGGAUGAGUCUGGAGCCUGUCUGAUUGAUCGAGAUGGAAGCUUGUUUAAAUAUCUUUUGGAUUAUCUUCAUGGAGAAGUUCGGAUUCCUGAGGAUAAACAGAUUCAAAUUGCAUUGCAGGAGGAAGCAGAUUAUUUUGGCAUCCCUUAUCCAUACAGUCUGUCUGACCAUUUGGCCAAUGAAAUGGAGACAUAUUCUUUAAGGUCAAAUGUAGAGCUUAAGAAGGCUUUGCUGGAUUUCUGUGAUUCUUAUAAUUUAAUCUGUACCAAGCCUACAGUUUGGGUCCUACACUAUCUUGGCACUUCUGGGGCAAGCUGUGAGAGUAAAAUUAUUGGUGUGUAUGCCACAAGGGCUGAUGGGACUGACGCAAUUAAAAAGGAGCUAGGAACAAAAAUUCACAGUAAAAGCAUCUACAAAAGAGAAGCUGGAAAUAAUGUCCAAUACAUCUGGAGCUAUUACUCUGAGGCUGAACUGAAAAAGAUGAUGGAUGCUUUCGGCACCUGGGAAGGAAGAGGUGUCAGCUACUGGAGAGUGCCGCAGGAGCUCAUCGAAUGCUGGACUCUUGAAGAGCGUUCUCUGAAAGGCAGUUUGCAUCAUAUGCCUCCAGUUCAUAAAAGACGCUUAAUUGAUUUCUCUGAAAUGGAAGACUACAUACCAUGCAAAGUGGGCCCCAAGCCAAUUAGAUUCUCAGGUCCUUCAACAAGUACACAUAUCAAAGUCAAGAAUUCAGCUUCAUUAAAGGUAGCUGCUUGCAACACUUCACAUCCUGCAGUAACUCUUAAACGACCAAAUAGUGAAAGUUUGAUACUGCACAAAGCAGCUUCUGUGUCCACAGCAUGCAAGCCAGAGCCCAGGAAUUCCCAGGUGCCCCAUGGAAAGCAGAGUGCUGAUGAUGAAGCAUCAUGUCAAAUGACUUUCAACACCUCAGCGCCUAGAAAACCCAUACGCAGCCGUGCAGUAAAGCUGAAGCGAACUCCACUGUUUCUCAUGACACCUUCUCAGUCAUCAUCUGUGUCCAGUAAAACAAGUAAACAGGACAAAGCUGCUGCUGAAAUUCCUACUACUUCAACAGUGCUAAACAAGAAAGAACCAGCUGCGUUAGCAGAGAGCAACAAGCUUAAGAGUAAUAAAGUGGAUGGAUAACAUUGGACUCAGACUGACAGGCUGUGUAGCUUGGGAACAUCUGGCCUAAGAACAGCUCAUCAUCUCAUAUUGUUAGUUAUUCAAGGAUUUGGUAGGAAAUCACGGUGGAGAUAGUGAAGAGUUAGUGAAGAGCAGAGGGAGAAAUGAAGUGUAUUUUCUGAUUUUAUUUCUAAGUAUUUUUUAGAAGUUGGGAGGAGGAAACAUGGCUAAAAAAAACCCUAAAACACACAGCAUGCUCAAUAUUAUGGUGUCUCAUUCAUAUUUGUGGCAGGCUGUACUACUGGCCUUUUAAAAGGAAUACAUGCACAGCACAGAAGACAACAGCUUAUCAAAUUCAGUUACAGUUAAUUUCCUUAAUCCAUAUAUUUUAAGUAGGGGAAAAAUAGUAACAAUGAAUACCAGUUAUUAGAUUCAAAUUUGUCACAAGUGUGCAAUAUACGGAGUACUGUAAAGAUUUUAUUUUAAGCUGAAUGCACAAAUACUGGUACUUGCAGUGAGAAGAAGUUACCAUUUUAUUAUUGGUAGCAAUUAAAGGGACCAUCUUUACAUGUACACAGAAAAUUGAUAAACAGGAAGGAAGAGCAUGACUAGGGAAUAAGGCAGUUUUUCCUUAGACCCGAGACAUAUGUACACUAGUUUCCUACUUGUCCUUCUUGUCCUCCCUUGUACUAGGGUGCAUUACGAGCAAUGAUACUGAAGAGCUCCUGUAUGUUUCUACUAGCAAAGAAAAGCAGAAUUUGGCUCACUUUUUAAGAAGUCCUUUUGGACUUGGUUGGUUGUUUAAACCAAUGCUGUUUAAGUUCCCCACAUUUGGCUUCAUUUUGUGCAAUUGUUUGUGUGUGGCUGGGUACUGCUUUGUUGUUGCUAAUAAUUUUGCAACACAGUAAAUACACCUGGCUUUAGAUGUUGCCAAGUCCUAUCGCAUUGCCAAAAUGAAGUAUUCUUACAAAUUGCUUCUUUAAGUCUUCUGUUUUCUAGGUUAUUUAGAAGAAAUCACAUUUUUAGGCUUUUUGUCGUAACUGCAAGGACUUGAAAUUUCAUUUGCAAAGUAAAAAAGAGAAACAGCAAAAUUUCAGGUACUAACAUACUGUUUGAAGAGAUGUUUUGCCACGAAUUAUAGUUAUGUAAAGCUGAGCAGUAUUGCAAUUUUCUGCUAUUUACACGUAUAGUAAAGACCAGCCUAUCUUUAAAAUCCUUGAACUACUGUAAUAAGCCUAAAAAGCCACAAAAAAGCCAAGGUUCUCCCCACCCCACAGAAAAGAUUCACUUGAGACCAGAAAAAGCAGAAAUUAAGGGAGAUACUAAAAUGAAACUUAUUAUUUGAGCGUGCAAUUAAUUGACACAAUGUAUACCAGUCUGAUUGAAAAGCAGUUUUAAAAUAACUCCUUUGUGUGUGACUUUUAUUUUAGUACUUACUGAACAGCUGAGCCCUUUACUCUAUCCAUUUAGGUCCUCUUACAAUGAUUCCUCUUCAACUUUGGGUGAAUUUGUAGGCUUCUUUCAACAUCAUACAAAAGCUCACAAGUCUGGAUUCUUGCAGAUAAGACUAAGACUGAUCCCUUUGGACUUCCUAAGCCUGUGCUAGUUCAGGGUUUGUCUAGUCAUUCUGGUAGUACAGUAUUUUUCACAUAACAUUCAUAUCAUUUGCAUUCCAGUGGCUUCAGUCUCAUCUUUGUCCUAGACACACUGACUUGUAGUUAAAAAAAAAAUUACAAAAUCAUUCCCUUUAAUUUCAGCAUAUGAAAUUGUGAAUGAAAGUGGCUGUGGUGAGGAGGUAGAGCAAGUUUAGAGACUUGAUUUUUUUUAUUGGAUGAGAAACAAACAUGGCUUUUUAAAUAAGCACUUUUGUCUUUUUAUUUUUAAUCCCCGUGAAGCUUGUUAACAGUCUGUUGUAAUGGAUGGACUGAUUUUAAACAGCUUUAUAAGAGCUGAACCUUCAAGAUGACUAUUACAGCUUUGUCUAUAUCCACCCAAAGCCUUUUAAAGUGUAAAAUUAAACAGCAUUUAAUCUUCUGCCUGGGAGGCAGAGAGCUGAAAACUUGCCCAUCCAAGGAUUAGUCAGCUCUUAACCUGGCUAACAGACUGUUCUUUUGAGGCCUGGAACAAAGAGCAGAAAUUCUGCAAGUCUGAGAGUUUCUUGCAGGUUAAACUUUCCUCAAAUCUGUACGAUCCCAAGUUUCUUCAAAGUCCACAGUUUUCUUAAUGUUUCACUCAUCCAACUCAGAGAGUUACCAGCUGGUACAGUCAACUGAAGUGAUUAUGGCUUGUUUUGCAUCUUUGUACGAUUGUUAUAAAAGAGACCACAGUUAGAAAGUUUCUUUGCCCUAGCAAUUUAAUAGCUGUGCUCUGAAGAGUAACGUGCAUCACGCUAGUGAACUUUGAUGCUUUUCUCUUUCCCCUCACAAACACAGUCAAUUUUCCAGUUGUUUAGCCCUCACUUUCACACUAUUUCCAAACCAUCUAUGAUAUGGCAUAAUGUAGAAAAAUGCAAUUCCAAAUUAAUUUCCAGAAAAUUACUUCUCCAUGAUUAAGUGCGUAUUAUCACCAGGAUAUGCUUCAAAUAGAUGUAAUUCUAUCUGUAUGCUUUAGAAUAUGGAGAACUCAUACUUGCCAUAACCAAGCAGACGUUAUUUCACCUGCUAGGGGCACAUGUUAACACUGAUUCUCAGAGAGACUUUUCAUCAGGCUUGUUUUGAGCUUAAGAGCCACGGAAACAACGCAAUCAAAUGAGCUAUGAACUAGGCAUUAAUUCAGAGAUGCUUCUGUAUGAAAUAUAGCUCAAGUUCCUUGCAAGUAAAACAACUGAUGAUUCUCUCAAGACAGUAUUGACUGUAAACACACUGACUGCUCCUAAGGAAGCUACCUCUUUCCUUCUUUCAAGCUGUUCAUUCACUUCUUUAAACCCACUUAAAUGUUCAGAUAAUAAACAUUACGUAGUACAAGUCUUAGUAUGACCAAACGGAAAUGGCAGCAUUAUCCAGGAGAUGAUUUUGUCUGUUUAAUUCUCAAUCUGUGAAGGACAAAUUCUCACUUAGCAACAACGGGAGGCAAGCUGUAUCAUGGAAAACUUGAGAGUGAAGCUGUCUAUUCCAUAGCUGCAAUUAGAGUGAGAGUGUGGCUAGAAGUAAAGCUCUGUAAAUAUGUGGAGGAAAAGCCCCCGAGAGAUCUAGGAUCAUUCUGGGCAACAGCUUUUAGCAGAAUGUCAAGCAGCAGAAACAGACACAGCUGGUGUUACAGACCUCUGCUCUUUUCUGAGUUUCUGAGUACUUUCUACAGAAUGCUACUUUUGCAGGAAUAAAUAAAUAAAUAAAUAAAUAAAAUCUUCCUGCUUAUACAGCAUUUAUCACUUAGCUGAGUAAUACUUUGCAAAUUCACUGGACCACACGCAUCAAUAAUUAGACCGUUUUCAAAGUCGUCCCUUUCCUAUGUGCAUCUCUUAGCUCAUCCUACUUUCUGGUACAACAUCCACAAACAUUUCUAGUACAGGUUAUUUAGUUGCUUUUGAUACAUCCCAGUCACUGCACGGGAAACAGACUCACCACAGGAAACGCCAUCCAUCCAUCCAAGCUCAGACCACGUUGCUUUCCUACAGCAGCAGGAUCCAGGAAAGGAAUAUACAAACUAGACUACAAACUUAUCCUUUCCAAAAUUACUAGUUUCAGUUCUAGAGCAACAUUUCCAAUGACUUUAAGUAGUUUAAAUGAUUUUUUUUUUU